AUGGUGUUCGCGAGAUCGCUACUGAUUUUGGCUUUCAGGCUGGCGUGGUGUGUUGCUAGAGGGACUGGCGGCGACGAUGAUGAGUUGUUGCCGAUGCCGGAUUCGCCCGGGAAGAGCGGUGGCAUUGCCGAUGAUCCGGUCAGUGAUGUGAAUCCCGUUACCGAGGAGAUGUUUUCGUCAUGGGCUUUGUGCAUUUUACUGUUUUUGUUGAUUUCUGCCCUGUGGUCGAGUUACUAUCUAACGCAGAGACGAAUCACUGCGGUACACGAGACGGUGCUGUCGAUUUUUUACGGUAUGAUUGUGGGACUGAUUAUCAGGUUAUCACCAGGCCAUUACAUUCAAGAUGCUGUGACGUUCGACUCAUCGUACUUCUUUAACGUAUUGCUACCGCCGAUUAUCUUGAACUCCGGAUACGAGUUGAACCAGGUGAAUUUUUUCAAUAACAUGUUCUCGAUUCUGACGUUUGCGAUUCCAGGAACGUUUAUCUCGGCUGUUGUGCUGGGAAUCAUCAUCUUUAUCUGGACCGCCCUGGGGCUGGAAGGGAUUAACAUAUCGUUCGUGGAUGCUCUGUCAGUGGGUGCCACGCUGUCAGCCACUGAUCCGGUGACUAUCUUGUCGAUAUUCAAUGCUUACAAAGUUGAUCCCAAACUGUAUACCAUAAUUUUCGGCGAGUCACUGCUGAAUGAUGCCAUCUCGAUUGUUAUGUUCGAGACAUGUCAGAAGUUUCACGGCUCUCCAGCCAAGAUUUCUUCUCUUUUCGAAGGUAUAGGUCUGUUUCUGAUGACUUUUAUGGUCUCGUUGCUGAUAGGUUUGUUCACUGGGGUAUUGGUGGCGUUGAUACUGAAACACAGCCAUAUCAGGAGGUAUCCGCAGAUCGAGAGUUGCAUCGUCUUGUUGAUCGCUUACGAGACCUAUUUCUUCUCGAAUGGCUGCCACAUGUCGGGAAUAGUGUCACUGCUUUUCUGCGGGAUCACCUUGAAACAUUAUGCCUACUAUAAUAUGUCCCGAAGAACGCAGAUUACGAUCAAGUUCAUAUUCCAAUUGCUGGCCAGACUAUCAGAAAACUUCAUAUUCAUUUACCUGGGAUUGGAACUUUUCACGGAGGUGGAGCUCGUGUACAAGCCUGUCUUGAUCAUAGUUACCGCAAUUUCAAUCUGUGUAGCGCGGUGGUGUUCCGUUUUCCCUCUUUCGAGAUUCAUCAACUGGCUAUACCGCAUGAAAACCGUCAGAUCGAUGAGAGGAUCUGUUGGUAACAGCAUUUCCAUCCCAGAUGAGAUUCCUUAUAACUAUCAGGCUAUGACGUUUUGGGCUGGUCUGCGAGGCGCCGUCGGAGUGGCCCUGGCUAUGGGUUUGCAGGGAGAAUUCAAGUUUACUUUAUUGGCGACUGUCCUGGUCGUGGUUGUUCUCACAGUCAUCAUAUUUGGUGGCACCACUGCUGGUAUGCUGGAGGUUCUGAAUAUUAAGACCGGCUGCAUCGAUGAAAAUGACAACAGCGAUGAUGAGUUUGAUAUCGAGGCCCCUAGGCCAUCCGCUCCGGUUGCUGGUUUCGACAGCAUGCUACAGCCUUACUCCGAUGAUGAUUCCCGUGCGCAUACAUCGAUAGCUCUAAAAGCUCCGGUUACAAGUGCCAAUAUAUUAUCAGAUUUCCAGCCGCCCACGCCAAGCCCGAUUAAUCCUAACGCAUCGCGCGUUUCACUGGAUACCCAGCAAUUGAGGGAGACUUUUGGAAAUAUUUUCUUCAACGCUGAUUCUCAAUGGUUUCAAAAUUUUGAUGAGCAGGUAUUAAAGCCUGUCUUCUUGGACAGCAAUCUCCGACCACUCAAGGAAGAUGGUAAUCAAUCUCAGACGACCUUUGAUCCUAGCAGUGGUCAGUAA